AUGGGAAAAUUGAAUGAGAGUAUUGGAAACACUAUCUUAGAAAAAGCUCCAAAAAAUGCAAAGUAUACUUCUCCGGAUAUUCAGAAAGAUGUAUUGAAUGUUAUUGCCAACCAAGUGAGAACAAAGAUUCGCCAAGAAAUCGGGGAUGCCAAAUUCUGCAUUUUAGUUGACGAAGCAAGAGAUGCAUCUAACAAGGAGCAGAUGGCUAUUGUGUUAAGAUUUGUGGAUAUUGAUGGGGUUUUACGAGAACGGUUCUUUGCCAUUGUAAAUGUGGCUGAUACAACUGCUACAACACUUAAGAAAGAAAUAUCUGAUGUUCUUGGUCGUUAUGACUUGCAUAUCCAUAACAUGAGGGGACAAGGAUACGAUAGUGCUAGCAAUAUGCGUGGCUCUUGGAAUGGAUUACAGGCUCUUUUUUUGAAAGAAUGUUCAUGUGCAUAUUAUGUACAUUGUUUUGCUCAUCGGCUUCAACUAGCAUUAAUUGCGGCUGCCGAAAAAGAGGUAUCUAUUUGGUUAUUUUUUUCGAAAUUGAAUUCUAUAUGUAAUCUUAUUAAUGCAUCUCCUAAACGUCAUGCCGAGUUACAUUCUGCUCAAAGAAAUGAAAUUGCACAUAUGGUAGCUACUGGUGAACGUGAUACCGGUAGAGGUUGUAAUCAGAUUGGAAAUUUAUUACGGCCAGGAAAGACUCGUUGGAGUUCUAAUUUUGACUCACUUUGUAGCAUGGUUGAUAUGUAUGGCUCUGUGAUCACUGUUUUAGAAAAUAUGGUGGAUGAGGGGUCUUCUAACUCCAUUCGUGGUGAAGCUAGUGGUUUGUUGAUUGCGAUGAAGUCUUUUGAUUUCAUAUUCAUUCUACACUUAAUGAAAAGGAUAAUGGGAUUAACAAAUCUACUUUGUCGAGCAUUGCAAGAGAGAUCUCUAGAUAUUUUAAAUGCAAUGGAGCAUGUUUCAACUACUAAAACUUUGCUUCAUGUUUUGAGAGAGCAAGGGUUUGAUAAUUUACUCAGUUGCGUGGAAGAAGUUUAA